AUGUCUAAUCAGUCGCUGCCACAGAUGCAGGGCGUGCAGGUCUUGCCGUCGUUGAACAUGAGGGGCGGCGGGGCCGUCAACGCGGCGCCCGGGACGGGUGGCGCCACCGCACAGCAGCAGCAGCAGCAGCAGCAGCAACAACACCAACACCAACAGCAGCUGCAGGCGGCGGUCCAGCCGCCGCAGCCGCAGCUACAGACUGGGCUCGUUCCGCACGGCGCGCUCUCCGCGCAGGGCCAGCACCCGGGCGGAUUAGCGCUGCCGCAUCCGGGCCAGCCGCUGUCCAUGCCGUAUAUCCCGCAGGUGGGCCCGCAUCUGGGGCUGUCGCUGGGGGCGCUGGGCGGCGUUAGCGGCGUUAGCGGCGCGGUCAACGGCGUGCGCGUGACGUCGUCCAGCGCGACACCGCAGCCGCCAGGCGCGGGCGCCGGGCCGGCCGCUGGCGCGGCCGGCGGCGCCGCCGCAGACGCGCGCGCCAGCGAGGGCGAGCACCUCGACAACUCGACGGGGCAGCUGAUCGGCAAGUCGGGCAAGCCACUGCGCAACACCAAGCGUGCGGCGCAGAACCGCAACGCGCAGAAGGCGUUCCGGCAGCGGCGCGAGCGGUACAUCAAGGACCUGGAGGUCAAGGCCAAGGAGUACGACCGCAUGGACGCCCAGACCGCGGCGCUGGUGCAGGAGAACGAGUCGCUCAAGCGGUACGUGCUGGAGCUGGAACAACGGCUGGGGGUCAGGCGGGCCGCUUCCACCGUGGGCCUGCCGCACGAGGCACACCCGGCGAUCAAGCCCCCGGAGUGA